ACUGCCUGCUUUUGCACCGGAUCUAUAUCAAGAUCUGAUAAUGGUGUUGAACCUCGAUUCUGCAAUUGUACCCAACCACCAUCCUCCUUUCUGAACUCCUCGUUAUGCCGAUUUCGAAUAUGUUUGGUAACGUUGCUUGUGCCAUUCUUAAUCGGCCAAUGGUGCUUCUGCUUCACCUGUUUUUGGUGGCAUUCUAAGCAUAGCCAAUAAUGGUUAUUGGUCUCGAUUUCUUCGAUAAGCACACCACGAUCCCAUAUAGGCAAUCUUGUGAACUCCACCUUAGUAUAAUCAAAUCGCUUCGGUACAAAGGUAUCGAGGUCACCGGCGUGUGCUUUCAGGCUUAUGUCCUCUGAUUGAGUUGGUGGUGAUGAUACAUCUGAUAUAACAAUAGAUGCGUCUGCAAGUGAUGAGGUGGGACUUGAUGGUGAGUGUAGUGGUGACUCAACCACCACUACCUCAUUUUUAGGUCUUUCAGGAUGACGUCUUGAGGCUCGAUUGCUUGCCAUGGCGGUAUACCACUGUUCAUGAUUGAUGGUACUUGGCUUCAGGACGGGCUUAUUAUGAGCAAGAGCAUAGCACAAUGAUGACAUGAUGAAAUGCGGUGUGAUAAGGCAAGUUUGGCAUAUGUGAUGAGAGGUGGCAGAUAUGCUCACAAUUGGCCUAAGCAUUAAGCCACCACUAUAUAAUUGGAUCAUCCGGAUGGAUUAUCCAAAUCCACCGCCCAAUUUGGAUUGUGGCUUAUUGGAUAAAUCCGAAUGGAUCUAUCCAAUUAGAUCCACCCAAUCAGCACACUGUGUCAAAUCCCGUUCCAUAUGGCUUUGGUGCUGGCCUCACCAAUGGGCCUAUGGUUCAAUCUCAGUUCCCUUGCAAAUCAGAUGAAGUUUCAUUCACUGCAACUUCCAAUACAACUUGGAUGGGUGGUCAGACCCAACCACUCCAUCUUCUGUCCGCCGCUACCCACGGAGGAGGUUCUUGUUUCAUUGCUAUGACUUAUGAGACGCCCGGGUCUUCAGGGUUCUCUGAUCUGGCGAACUGGUAUAAUAUCUAUACAAUCCCAGGUUCCUGCCCUGCUACAACUGCUGGCAAUCUCGACACCGCUACGACUACCGAUGGCUACCCUUCUGGUGUUCAAUGCACCACUUCAGGAGAUAGUGGGACUGAUUGUGUUCAUUCCUACGAUAUCCCAAUGCCAGAUGAACUCAAAGACGGCAACGCUGUAUUCGCCUGGGUCUGGUUGUCAAAGGUUACGACAGAAACUUACAUGAAUUGUGCUCCGAUUACUAUAUCAGGUGCUAAAGCAAGUGGCGAUUUCACAUCGCUCCCCAGCCUCACUGGUUUGAGCUUCACAGGCCUUAGUGGGGGUGGUGUUCCAGGUGGCAGUAGUUCUGGCUCUUCUUCAACGGGAGGUACAACGGCUGGUUCCGGUUCAGCAGCUUCUGGCAGUACUACGACCACCCCAAGCGCAGUUGCUUCUUCCACAUCAACUGCUUCUUCCGUUGUGAAUUCAGCUGCGGUUGCUUCAGCUUCAGCGUCAUCUGGCAGUCAGCCCGCCUCUGGAAGCACUGCAGCUGCUGUUUCAGGCGCGUGUAGUCCUGAUGGAUCCAUCACAUGUACAUCAACAUCUUUCUCUAUGUGUUCAAAUGGACAGUGGGUAUCCAUGGGCAGUAUUGGUGGCCUAACAUGCUCGAAUGGUCAGCUUAACAAGCGGUACCAGCUGUUUCGUGCCUAAUAUCGCUGUGCGAACACGAAUUCAUUAUCUUGGAAGCUCCUUAGCCACUUAUUUGUUAUUUAAGGGUCGAACAUAUUAUAUAAAUAAACGUUUUAGAGC